GAGGUCUUCGAGGCUCUUUUGCAUGAGGAUCCUCACGAGGAAAACCGAGACACGCUCAAGGCCAAGAUAGGUCUCUUCCAGGGUCAAACCCAGAAACUGGAGAUCGAAAUCCAGAGCCUAACCAGCCAAAAAGCCCGCCUUCAAGCCGAGAUGGCCGUGCUAGACCGGGAAGACAGUGCAUUGGCGACAGAAGGUCAAGAUGUCGACCGAGAGAUUCAAGUCUUCCUAGCUAUGUCAGAUCAGGAGCGAAAAUUGUUGAAACGCUUACAGAAACUCGUCAAACUCAACGAGGAACUCAAAGCUCGCGAAUCUUCGUUCAAAGCGUCUUGCAAGGGGGCAUUGAAGGACCUUCAGAGCCAAAACGAAGAAUUACGGGCUCGAUUAACGCAAAGUUUGGACCAGAACCACCAAGAUGAGGGUCAGUUGAGUCAAAGAAUCCAAGAACUCUCCGCUUUGAGGUCCACUGUGGCUGAAAAAGUCCGGAUGAUUUCUAUUUUGGAGCGGCAAGUGGACGACGUGCCGAGCGCGUACGAAUUGGCUCAAUAUCAGAAGCGAUUCCUGGAAUUGGACAACCAGAUGGCGGAUGAAUAUUCCCAGACCCAGCAGUUCUAUACCUUGUUCAACACCCUGGAGUCCCAGCGGUCGUUUAUGUCCAAAGAGGUCAGCAUGUUGACCUCGAUCGCGGAGGGCUUGCCCAAGAUGGGCAAGAACGCCGUUCAACGGGAUCACUUUCUAAGACAACUAGAGGCCUUGCUGCGCGAGGUUGAACAAAGUAAGCGUGGAGUCGAGGAUUUUGGCCGAGAAGAGGAGUUGGCCAAGAUGAAGGCCCAAACCGAAGUGCACAGUUUAUUGGAAAUCCAAAGGCAAUAUGCGAUACUCGUCCGAGAUUUCCGGGACGCCAUGAAGAGGAAUGCAAGCUUGAAACACCGAGUGGUGGCUACCAACGAGUCUUAGAGAGUAACAAUAUAAAGAAAGUUGUGAGUUUCAUUCAA